CGGAAGGGACGGGGCGUGGGCGACGUUGCGUGACGAGCCCGAGAGAUGUGCGGAGUUGCUGGGGGGGAGCAGAAAAUGGUAACUGCGGUUGCUGUGAGGAAAUGAGCCGAUGAGCGGACGGUGUAUCCCUUACUCUUCAACUGCAAAAUAGCAAUCACCCAAGAUCCUAUCACUUCAUCUGAAGCUCAGAAAUGGAGGAUGCAGAAUCUUGAUGUAUGUGUCUCCAGAAAAAGAGUGAAUCUGGCCCUCAGUCAGUUGGAUACCUUUGUAAGAGGUUGCAUCAAGCUGCAGGCAAACUUUAGAUUGUGAUCUGAAUGGUAGUAACUUCAUUCCAAGAGUAAGCAGAAAUUUGCCAUCUUUUGGGAAACAAAGUAACACUGGAGAAUGUUUCACUUCAGAAUUCUGCCUGCAGUGGCAGUUUUUGGCAACUUCUCCAGACAAUACUAUAGAGCAGUAGCAACCACAAAUAAGCGUCGGCACGGAUUGAUGAUAGCAACAUUUGCUGGAGUGACAGCUGUUUCAGCAACAACAGGCUUAUUAUGGAAAAGAGCUCAUGCAGAAGCUGCUGCAACAGUGAAGCACAUUCCAAAAACUGAUUCCUCUGAAGUAGAAGAGCAAAAAGAUGGUGGAGACGCUGUAAAGCCACAGGAAGAGGAUGGACACAGUGAAAAAAAGAAGCGGAGAGGAUUCAGAGAUCGGAAGGUAAUGGAGUAUGAGAAUCGAAUUCGGGCUUACUCUACUCCGGAUAAGAUAUUCCGAUACUUUGCAACAUUGAAGAUCAUCAGUGAAAAUGGAGACUCUGAAGUGUUCAUGACCCCCCAAGAUUUUGUUCGAUCUAUAACACCAAAUGAAAAGCAGCCAGAAAAUCAGGGUCUGGACCAGUUCAUAGUGAAACGAUGUGAUGGGAAGAAACUUACCCAUGGGCAGGAGAAGUUUGUUGAUGAAGACAGCAUAUUUAACGCACUAGGGGAGUGUGGACUGAUUUCAUUCUCGGAUUACAUUUUUCUCACUACAGUUCUGUCCACCCCACAUAGGAAUUUUGAAAUUGCCUUUAAAAUGUUUGACCUGAAUGGUGAUGGUGAAGUUGAUCUGGAAGAGUUUGAGCAGGUUCAAAGUAUUAUUCGAUCCCAGACCAGUAUAGGCAUGCGUCACCGAGAUCGCACCACAACAGGCAACACACUGAAAUCCAGCGUUAGCUCCGCACUCACCACUUAUUUCUUUGGUGCUGGUCUGAAGGGAAAACUGACUAUCAAACAUUUCCUGGAGUUUCAGCGCAAGUUGCAACAGGAUGUUCUUAAACUGGAGUUUGAGCGGCAGGAGCCUGUAAAUGGACGGAUCACAGAGCGUCAGUUUGGACGAAUGCUUUUGGCAUAUAGUGGCGUGCAGUCCAAGAAACUUAAAGCGAUGUUGAAAAGCAUCAAAAAGCAAUUCAAGGAUGCAGAGGGCAUUACAUUUGAAGAGGUUGAAAAUUUCUUCACUUUCUUGAAGAACAUCAAUGAUGUGGACACAGCACUAAGUUUCUAUCACAUGGCGGGGGCCUCCAUUGAUAAAGCGACCAUGAAGCAGGUUGCCAGGACAGUGGCACGAGUGGAACUCUCUGAUCACGUUUGUGAUGUCGUCUUUGCUUUGUUUGAUUCUGAUGGUAAUGGUGAGUUAAGCAACAAGGAAUUCAUUUCCAUUAUGAAGCAACGACUAAUGCGUGGACUGGAGAAACCCAAGGACACAGGCUUCACAAGGCUUAUGCGUGCAAUGUGGAAAUGCACUCAGGAGACUGCCUGGGACUUGCCUUAUCUAUCCAAAUAAAGAAAAAUAUAGUUAUGACUCAGUUAUAAAUCAACCCUGGGCAUCUUUGGCAUCUUAUCUCCUGAGGACUGAACUAGGAUGUCCUGAUGCCUUAAUUCAUGGAAUGUUUGAGCUAUUGGGGCUUUAUUUUCCAAUUAAGUUACGUCCUCUUUUAAAA